UGAAUAACGAAACGAGAAAAAAAGAAUCAUUGUUUUUGGCUGUCAAAAUCUCAUCUAAAUCUUAAUUUCGAAUCAAAAUUUUUCAAGUUUAUAAUUAUCUAUAUUUUUAUUAAUAUUUCGAAUAAUAUAAUUCCAGACAGAGAACAAUUUGAGCAUUAAAAUAAUUUUAUUAAUCAGAAAUAUUUUAUAUUAAUUAAAGAAAAACAUAGGUCUUGCAAUUAGAAAACGAUAUGAGUAGUGAUAUUUCACCAUUGAAUACGUCUAAGUAUGAAAAAGUGAGGAAAGAUUCCAGCGCGCAACAGAAAAAUAAUAUCAGCAGUGGUAAGGUGACUCACAAAAUAUCCAAUGCAUCGAUCCAAGCAUUCGAUAAUUUAAAUCAAUUUGCUGAACAAAAGCGGAAUUUCAACUCGGCGCAAGCGUCUUCUCCUAUACCCACAAAAAAUACAAAUUUGCUAACAAGUAAACACAACACUUACAAAUUAGUGGAUAGCAAACAAGCGUCGAAUUCACUUUAUCAAUCUGAUAAGAAGCUUCUUGAUACUUAUGCUCGUAUUGCCGCGAGUUACAACAGACGUUGUCCUAAACGAUUGCGCGAGCUCGCCAAACCGAAGAAACCAGGUUCCAGCGAUCAGAGUAAUAGCUCUGCCAAUUUUGAUCUGAACUACCGCGUAUCUAAACCAUAUGGAACCAAAACCAAACACACUUCAAAAGAAUUGCAAAAGAAAUAGUUUGACUACUGUUAAUUAAAAAAUUAUUAUUGUGAACAGUUCAUUUAUCAAGAUGAUUAGUACGCUUUCAAAUGAUACAAAAAUAUGUAAAAAAAUACUCGCAAAAAUAUCUAAAAACAGGUAUCUAAAAAAAUAUUGUCUCGUUUUACAUUCUGUAAUAAGAAAUAAAACUCUUUAACCUUUAGAAAGUUCGCAUUUUUUCUUAUAUACUUGAUAUCCAAAGUUUGUAUACAUAACAUGCGUUUUAUAUAAAAUUAUUAUGCAGAUUUAGAGCAUAUACAUAUAGGCUACUCUUCUAAAGGUUAAAAGGUGAAAAGAUUAUUAUGAAGCGAUAUCUCUGAAUAGCUUCUUCAUCAUUUCUUCGAAUACAUAUCAUAUCACAAUACAGUCAUAUGUUUCAUUUAAUUAAAAAAUUUUUCCGCAAAUAGAAAAAUAUGAUAUUUAAUAUGUACAUAUGUGUAAUAAAGUAACUAAAGUUUGUCUGUGUGUAAAGUUUUUCUGUAAUUUGCUAAACUUUUUUAUUACUUCUUUUUCUUGUUACAAAAAAUAGCGAAACUUGUUUUCAAGGACAACCGGCUCAGGUGUUCAGCUUGUUGUGAUAAGAUGAUCGCGAAAUACGAACUUGUUUACCUUCCAAAAUUCAUUUUCUUCAGUUGCAGAUAACCGAAAGCAAGAAAUAUAUAUAUGUAUCUCUAUACAUACAUACAUACAUAUAU